AUGUCUCGAUUCCCCCAGGCGUACGAUCCGCAAAUGUAUCACGAUGAACGGGUAGCUCUUUCGAGAACCGCAUCUCAGCAGCAUGCAAACGGGCAGAUCGCUGGCAAGGCAAAUUCUACAGCGCCAUUAGAGCAACCUUCCGCCGUGCAUAAUGCUACUCAUACUCCACAACGAAAGAGCCUGGUCUUUGCAGAUCCCGUGGCUUUUAGGUAUCUCGAAGAGGAUACGGCUACAGUUGUUCUGGAGCGUCGGGGCCGGCUGCAGGGCUACGAAAUGUACAUUGUGGAGCAAUGGGCAAUGUCAAGAGUCCAUCCCACCUUCGUCAUCGCGUCAUAUACCGGAGAUUCGAACCACUAUAUAUCUGUUGGCGUUUUGGGUGUUCCCGCCGAUGAGGAGGAAUGGUCGCCCAGGCUCCGUGUAUAUUUCAAAGCCAUAUCUCAGUUCCAUGCCAGGCCGAAAGACACACCGCUAGGAAUGCUUAUGGUUACAAAUCUAAGCAGCUUUCCGUCUGCCCUGACAGUUAUACCAGUUCCAGGCGGAGAUGUACGGAAACACAGGGAGGACUUUCUUGUCAACGAGAAUCUGAAGAGAUUAGGGUGUUCUGGGAGAUCCGGAAUGAGCUUGUCUGCCCCGGCAGGCGCUACACAGGCCAAGUUCGUCCAGCUUUACCGGACGAGCGAUCGAAUACCGCUAUAUGGGGCAGUCAUCGAGUUGGUAAAGCUGUGUCAGGUCGCCCUCAUGGUAUUCGGCAAGCUGGAGCAAGAGUAUGCAGAUGGAUGCCUCUGCGAUGUCACCGAAAAGGCGAUAAAUGACUGGUGGACGGAGAUUGGGUCCGAAUACUACAAUAUUGAGCCCGCCGAUGGUAUCCUUGGUCCCACGACUGUCGCCGCACUCUUGGGAAUGCUCAUGGGGGCCCGGAACCGCCUUCACUACUAUGGUGCCCCGGUAGCCAAAGAUGCUUUUGAUGUUCUAAAUCUCAAACGAGGGAUUGCCUAUUUUCAAAAGUCCCAAAAAAUGGAGCGGACGAGAAGGCUAGAUAGGCAGACGCUGGAUCGCUUGCACCGGACUACAGCAAAGGCGGCUGCUGGAGAAGGAUGGGGUGUGCCAAAGGCGAUCAAGUCAACAGUAACAGAGCUCGGCGGUAAAGGUGGGGAGAUGGUUAUGGGCAUGGUUGGCCGUGAUAAAGCCGGCAUCUCAGAUAUUGAAACAAUCGACCUCGACCGCUUUAUUAGCUUAGCUCACGGGGAAAGAGCAAAGUGGUUGUGGUAUGGCAAGCCAAGACGAAGCGGUGGGGAACAUGGCAGAUCCGAGUCAGAUGCAUUGCCACUAAGUUUUACAAAAGACGAACAUGGUAGAUAUAUUUGGUCACACAACAGAGGGGAUUCAAACCCACCAGAAGACGAUUCUGAGACGCGCAGAAGGGAAAGGGAUAGCCCCGAUAAUGUCUAUUCAAAUCGACCACCGGGAUCAUCAACCAGCAUGCUCGACAAUCCAAAUGAGAAAGAUCCCCAGUUACGGAGGACAGUUUUCAAAAGUGUUUCAAAUAAGAUGAGUGACGCUAGGUCUGGCUUUGGUCGAAUUAAAGAUGCCGUUAGCCUUCGUGGACAUAACAGCCGGCAUUCGAAAGACGAGACCGCCGAAGGUGAUAGUCGUCUUUCUACCUACUUCAGUCCCACUAGCUCCGUCGGCUUAGUACCAUCUGCAGCCCCAAGCAGUCCACAGACGCUAGGCAAAUCAUUUACCUGGAAGAACACUCCUGCGGAAUAUCAGAAUGGGCAACCAAAACCAAGAGGCCUCAUCACAGGAGGGAUAGUAUCAGAUACUCCCAGAGAAUAUGAUCUUGCGCUCCAUGAUACGAAGAGCAAUCUUGCUGCAGAAAUAAUUGCCCCAGGAGAAGGUCAAAAUGCACUUGAAGCAAGUACCAAAUGGGCUGAACAAGUAAAGCAGAUACGCCAAGACCUGGUCACGAAUGAACCUUCCGUUGCGGGAUCGGUUUGUGGAGAUGGCGACCUCGGGGGUCCUUCGUUGGAAGCAGAACGCGAUCCGGAUAACUUUGAAAUACUCCUUCAUCGGCGCAAUAGCAUAUCCACCUAUCCUUCAGCUUCCUCACGGGGCCCAAAUGAAGCAAGGUGGCCCCGUCAUAUGUCCUUUAGCAGUGUUGAAGAAGCCGUCUUAACUUGGGAAUCUCUAGAUGCCGUUGACGACAACGUUAUCGAGGACGAUACCUGGGCUGCCUUACAACAGCAAUAUUACAUGGCAGAGGACUUCAAGCACCUAUACGGGAAGAUAUUAAUACUUCAGGAGAAGAUUGCGCCAUGGGUAGAGACAACUGUCGCUAACAUAGAAGGCCUUGACGAACAAGCUACCCAAGAUCAAGAAGGAUUCCAGACGCUAUAUUGCCAGUUGAGCGAUUCAUAUCAAGAACUGAAACAACAUUGUCAGAAUUAUCUUGGUGAAGAACGCCAUCAUGUCACGGAAGCCAUGAAGGAUAUCGAGGUUCUCGGCGCAAAGCUUGAGUACGAGAUCAAUGCCCUUGUAUCAAAAGUACAAGAUGUGGAGGAUGGCGUGUCGCAAUUUGAAAGGCAAGUUGACGAGCUGGAGAUCAGGGCAAAGGAACUGGAGACCCAGCUAGCGACCGAGAGCUGGCCUCACUAUAUCGUUCGAACCAUCACUGGAAUAGGGACAGGGCCGAAUAUCAUAGCGCCUCGCCGACGGUGA